UCAAUGAUUAGGAGAUGAUGAAUACUGAAUAGGCUCAUUUUCGGCUGCUUUCAUACGUGAGCCCCAUCGCAAUGCCAAUGCUAGACAAGGAAUUUCUUAAAUUAAUUUUUCCCUCCGCCAAAAUGCCACGCGACGUUCGACGGUGCUGUGAAUGGCGCUUUCCCUAAUCAUUCUCUCUCAAUGAAAGGGUCUUCCUUUUCAAAGGCGCUCAAUAUGAGAGGCAUUUUUCUGGAAUCAUCUCCCAAAUAUUCCCUGAAUAGAGAUUCCCAGAAGCAAAUUCGUGGCUUAAUGAAGCCUUGUUUAAGUGCCAUUUAUUCGUAUUUCCACGUAUGUUGAAUUCUUCAUUAAUCCAUUGUCAGUGGCGUAGCGAAGUCUAUUUUGAGUAUAGACAAACACUAAGUUAACUCAAGCACCAAAAAGGGUAACAAUAAACCGGAAAAUCAUCCUCUUUUCCACUACGCCACUGUUGAGUCUCAUACGAGCGGCAAUCAUGCAAUUUUGCAAAUUACCUGCUCUCCUUUGUGGGUGAAACACUCAAAGAACUCAAAUUACAAUUGAUAUUACAUAUUUGCUCUGUACGGGAAAAUUGUUCAUUAACAGAGCAUUGCGCUCUUGCUGUUCAUCAAUUAAAAUGUUCGUAUCGCUUUAUGGCUUCGCGAGGACUUUCAAAGUCAUUGAGAAUCACGUUCAAAGGAGCAACUUCCAACACUUGACUAUUAGCUAAAUUACUGGCAAAAACGCUCCUCGGGAUCCGGACGUUUCUGUGGGGAAUAAAAAAUGAGCAGAAAAUCCCACAUGCAUCAUCGUGAACUCUUUCACGGAGAGGCACAACCGUAGGUGUUAUUCAAAAGAGAAGUUAUAAUGAAUGGUCAUCCUCUCGUAACUCUCUUGAGUCAUCUCAGGGAAAUCUCUCUCUGUCCUCCCGAAGAGACACCACAUAUUGUCGUACAAUCACAGAUAAAUUCUCACAGGACUUGGCAGUUUGAGCAUCAACACUUUACACCGUCCUCUCCAGCGAUUCAUUCGUAUUUUGACGCUCAAGCUGUGCAGACGUCCUCAUAGUGAAAUCAUCAAUUACACUCCCUAUCAGAGUGAGCGCAAAAGUUGUUUACCAAGUUAACGAAAAGAGAGGGAAGAAGUAGGGAAAAAACCGUGAUAAAAUGAUGAAAAUACUCUUUGGCUUUGCUGUAAUCACGGGCAUUGUCGCGUGGUCUGACGCUGAGUACGUUCCCAAUAUGGACGUGACCAUUGCCAAGAAGGAUCUCUUCAUGUCGCGCGGAUGGGGCGCUUCAGGGAUGCCCUACCCUAUGUUCUAUCUCAAUCGCUACACCCAGACGCAGCAGAUCCAGCACAAGGGCAUGAACACGCCGCGGAUCAGCAAUCCCAAGCAGUUGACCCUCAUUUCCGGAUACCUCGGGAAGCCUGAUCACACACCCUUCGCCAAUGAGGAGACCACUCAUCGCAAGACCAAUCAGUCCCGAAAAAAUCACACUAUUCCCCACCUAUUUGUCUCCUAUGGCUGGGGACCGCUCGGCUAAUGAGGUGAUUUUUAGAGAUAUUAUGGUAAGAAAUAA